AUGAUGGCCUUACAUGCCCGCAGUCGUCGGUGCUCGAGCCUGGCGCUCAUUGUCAUAUUCGUUACCGUGGUGGUCUAUCUUGUGAAAUCUGCGGCCCUUGUGCCUCGGGCAGAACAGACUCAUUACGCAAGAUCGCCAGUCAACAAGACGUCUAUCAACCCGAUGCAGCCGCCCGAAGAUGUCGUCGGCUUCUGGCGGGAGCUCGUUCGCACGAUGAAGCAGCACGAGCCGGUGAUGCCCGCCAUCGAAAUCCAGGGCGGGCAGCCAGCCGAGUAUGAAAUGGUUUUCAAGGGGACCAAGACCCAACGAGCCAACAGGGUCACCGUGGCGGGUAACAAUCUCGUCCGCUUGGAGAUCACACACACGCAGUUUGUCAAUAGGGUCAAACAGCUAUCGAGACAGAUGCCCUUCGCCCGAGGUGCCAAAGGCAUAGUCAUGACGGCCACAGGUGACCAAGUGGGACAGGCCAUCACGUCAAUAUUGAUGCUCCGACGAACAGGCUCCCAGCUGCCCGUUCAGCUGUUUCUCUUCUCGGAGGAGGAUUUUAAGAAGAACGAGGCCAUCUGCCAGGGCGUCUUUCCCGCUCUCAAGACAGAGUGCUGGGUCAUGGAUAAGAUUCUCGAGUCGUCGCCGGAAGAGAUCGACCUGGAGCAUUACCAGCUCAGGAUAUUCGCGAUCCUCUUUUCCACCUUCCAAGAAGUGCUGUUCCUGGCUCAUGAUACCUGGCCCGUCCACAACCCCGACCGUCUCUUUGGGACUCAACCGUACAAGCUGCACGGCAUGGUCACCUGGCCCGAUAACUGGCUCUCGACUACCGCACGCGAAUUCUAUGACAUUGCCGCCGUCCCCGUCCCGGACGUCUUGGAGAGGCGCAGCGCCGACCCGAGCAUCGUCAUGUGCAACAAAGCCAGCCACGCGCGCAGCAUCAUGCUCGCGGCGUACUACAACGUCUUCGGCCCCCGCAUCUACUACCCCCUGCUGCAGCAGGGCGCCGCCACGGUCAUCGACAAGGCCGAGCACUCGGACAGGGACACGCUGACCAACGCCGCCAUCGCCAUGGAAGAGAAGUUCUACGACGUCAAGACCAACGUCGCGCAGGGGGGUAGGCGCCUCAACGGCGAGUACCUCGCCGUCAUGAACAAGCAGGCCGACCCGUGGGAGGACUACCGGCUGUUCGGCGACGGCAAGAGCGGCGCCGCCAAGGAGGCGCGCAAGGACCUGCGGAACCUCGGCGCCGACGGGCGCGAGAUGCGCGCGCGCACGCUGUUCAUCCGCCACGAUGGCGUCAAGCUCGACGUCAAGCGGCCCCUGCGGGCGCUGUCGGCGCUGUUCGACGUCGACCAGCAGGACGGGCGGCACGCGCGCCUGUGGGGCCCCGAGAGCGAGCUGAACCUCGAGGCCGGGUUCGACGUGGAGAAGGGCCUGUGGGAGGAGUUUAUCGAUGCCGACUGCGCGUCGACGUUCCUGUCGCACGAGUGCGAGCAGCUGGAGAGGUACCUGGUGGAUGUGUUCUAUACCGUUUAA